GGAGCACCGCCGGCGCAGUCGCAGCUUACAUAGUCCUCCGCUCUGCACAGUCGCUCUCUCGCUCCUGCGCGCAUCGUCUGACCUCUUGCCCAGCAACGCUCAUGUAGUUGCGCGCUGUGCCCACCUGGAUAACCCUAUACCCUAAAACUGUCUGGUAAAACAACGUGCCCUGGCUGCCAGGUGUACAAUUUCAGUGAAAGGACAAAUUAACAAACUGGUCAACUUGCUGCCGCCAUUGACCUCAAAGAGAAAGUGGCAGUCCUUCUCCUGACGUUGCGUCGUUAAAGAUGUUUAGUGUGCCCAAGUGUGCCAAGUGUCCCUGCUACCCCUAGUGGUGGUCAUGCGUGAUAAGGGCGUCACGCUGAAGUCACAGGUGUCCCUGUCAGCGUGACACACAACAAUGUAUCUGUGUAGUUUUUAGUGUCGUCAGGAGUGAUCUCAGGACAAAGGCAGCCAAGGAUUUGUUUACAAACAAGAGGACCGAUCGUCCGCCGCCAUGACUGCCAAGGACAGCAGACUCAGCACCCUGGAUCGGAUGCUGGAUGAUCUUAAGACGACUGUGGGCAGCGACGCUGAGAUGACGACUCCGGACGUCCGCACCGAUAGCACCCUAGCCUCCUCCUUCAGAACCUCCUCAUACGACGACAGACCCGAAAGCUUCGUGGAAAUCUUCAGGAGCUCGUCCCGCAACGAGGGAAGGAGUGCCUCUCGCGGGGGAUCACGGAGCGGGAGCGCCUUGGCUGUGGAGGAUGGAGGUCAAGUAAGACACAGCCGCCGCGAGUACUGCUCCCCGGACAACAAGACCCACGUCGUCACCGAGAAAUACGAGUAUGACACCGGCGACACCAGCAAGACGAAUCAUUUUCAAAAGAAGAUCAUGAAAUCAACUUACUCAACGUACAACUCCAUGAAUGCUGGCAGCCUGGAGGACCCGCCAUCGCUGGCCCCAGAGUCACCUCCACAGAUUUCUCCCCAAGCUCCCCCGGAUACCAAAGUUAUCAGUGCUUCCCAGAAAGUAGCAAACAAAUUGGUUGAUGCCCUGGCCAGUAUAGGAGGGGACGGAACCCACGUACCAGCACCAGACUCCAGUGAGACGGAAUCUGUCAGAACAGACACUAUGAAAACCUCCAUGACAGCCAGUUCGGAUUAUUCUACUUUAGGACGACUCCGCAAGAAUAUCAGCGAACUAGAUUAUCUCAUUGGCUCGUUGGAAGAUUCACAACAGAAAGAGGAAUACUCAACAAAGGAGACGAAGGUGUCGUCCCAAGUGUUUGUUUCUUCGAAGACAAGUAAUGCUCAGGUUAUAGAUGUCACCCCUAAGCAAGACACAGUUCCUGCAGCGAGUUUUGUAAGAACUGCUGCUUCUAAAAAAACUAUUCUUGAUAGCAUGGAUCCUGUUGAAGAAAUAACUCCCGUGAAAGCUGCUGUACCAGAAAAAGCUACUGCUCCUAAACAAGAUCCAGCUCCUGUAGAAAAGACGGCUUCAAGAAAAGUAGUUAUCCUCCAGCCAGUAGACCCAGCUGUGGCCCUCACUUCGGCCACCACCAGCAGUACUCAAACCAAGCAAGUCACCACCUCCCACACAGAGCGAUCCAUAAAGUCUGAGAGCAGCAGUGCGUCGCAGCAAAAAGUCUUGAAAGAAGAGCGGAGUACAGCACCGACCACCACCCUCACCAACGGCACCACCAUACACACCAACAGAUAUGAUGGUGACGACGAGAUGCUCGACGACAAGAGCGGAGAAGUGCGACGCAUCGUUUGGCGCAACAGGUUCGAGAAGACCUACGAAGCCAACGACUCCAGCCAGCCACCCGCGGUGAGUAUCGAGGAUGAGUCGCGUCGUCGGCAAUUAGUACAGCGUCAACACCACCAGACAUCGACCUCAGCCUCCACCACCUCCACCCUCUCUUCCCCACCAGGACCCAGCUCCCCCCCUCAGAACGCACAGCAGGCGGCGACUGUCUUGUUACAGCGUGGGCCGUCCUCGCCCCGCCUGCCUCAGCUGCAGUGUGCAGUGUACUGGCCUGGCUUUGGCACCGCUCCCAACAUGUCUCCUGGAGGACAGUCUUGGAAGGAACCUAUUCCAAUGCCAACACCGCCCCAACUGUCCCCACGGGAGCCAGGUGUGGCUUACAUAUAUACCUAUGGAAACACAGGUGGGUCGGGAGUUCAGCCUCUUCCACCUCUGAACUACGUUAACGUCCCUGGCCCUCAAUCAGUCCCACCAAGUGAGGGAGCACCAUCACCGACACCUUCAUCACAGCUACAGGGUCAGCCUAUCAUCUAUCAUUACUCAUAUCAUUAUACCAUCCAGCCAGGACAGCCACUACCAGAUGGGGCACCACCACCCCCUGGAGGAGUCGUCUCAUCCGCCCCACCAGCUCUCCAAAUGGCACCAACCCCACAACAACCAUCUCAAUCUGCUCAACACAAUCAAUAUAUCCAGCAAAAUACUACUACUACUCACUCCACUCAUCUAGGCCAUCCCAGUCAUCCAGGUCAGCCCAGUCAUCCAGGUCAGCCCAGUCAUCCAGGUCAGCCCAGCCAUUCAGGUCAGCCCAGUCAUCCAGGUCAGCCCAGUCAUCCAGGUCAGCCCAGUCAUCCAGGUCAGCCCAGUCAUCCAGGUCAGCCCAGUCAUCCAGGUCAGCCAGUUCAGCCUGCCCAGCCUGUUCAACCCAAUCAACCUGUUCAGCUUAUUCAACCAGUUCGACCCAGUCAACCAGAGCCAAGUUCUACCGUUGUCAACUACAACAUUCACGCCUCCAGUUCUCGUUCUACUAAAACCACCGUUAAUCGCAGUGACACUACCACAGUGGGAUAUCCAGGUGGCCCUCCAGGAUAUGAUGGACCUUAUGGCCCUGGUGGUCCUUCAGGACGUGAUGGCCCUUAUGGCCCUGGUGGCCCUCCAGGACGUGAUGGACCUUAUGGCCCUGGUGGCCCUCCAGGACGUGAUGGACCUUAUGGUCCUGGUGGCCCUCACAGUCCUGGGGGACCUGGUGGACCUGGUCAUCCUGUUGAUGACCCAAGUUAUCCAGGUAAACCGUACAAAGAUGGAAGCCCAAAUGGCCCAAGUAGUCCUGCUGGACCAACUGAACCGGGUCACCCUGGUCAUCCUGGUUCCAUAUCCAUUACCAUCAACAAGACAACAACUCAGACUACCACUGGAGGCUACCCAGGUGGACCCGGUGGUCCUGACGGUCCUGGUGAUGUACCACCUGUCACCUCCACACCGUACCCCAGCCGUGGACGGUCAGUGUCCCCUGAGCCACGCACCCCACCCGGUACUUCACCUCAACAUGUGACAUACGUAACACACAUUUCAAGAUCAUCACACUCAGAUUCGUUGGAUCGUGUAAGAAGGCCAAAGAAUGAGACUCUUCCUUUCCCAGAAACUUCACCCAUACGCCCAGCUGGAGAUACCAAAAUCCCUCGUCGAGUAGAUGAUCUCAUGACCUCCUUCUCGGACUCUGAGGAUGGUCCAGCUGGUGGGCCGCCCAACCGCUCCCCGCACCGCAGAGACCCAGCUGACCAGGAACCUCUCCUGCCCCACAAUAACCAGGUGUCAGUCCGGGCAGAAGCAGAUGCCAAGGCUGCAGCUGAGGCGGAAUCGAAGCGUGAACUGACCAAGAACAAGGCUGGACCUCCUGUCUACUACCCUCCAGGCCACGAGCUCUUCCAUGAAACUAUGCAUACUAUGACACUAAAGGAGGGGCGUCGUCGAGGGAAGGCCAAGUGGAGAAUGGAGCGAGCAUCGGGCUACAAGGAGAGCUCUUCCUCGUCUGAGACUAAGGGAGGCAUGACUAUGGUGCCAGUUUGUCUGCCACUGUGCUGCGGUGCUGCCUGUGUCGUCAUGUAGUCACAAAUUAUAAUUAGCUCCUUGUAGGAUUAUAUUUGUCAAAUAAAACUGAUUUUACAGUAGUGCCUUGAUGGAAUGAAAUACUUGGAUAAUGAAUACCAUAAGUUAUUGAUCCUGAGUUUGUUUUGAUCAAACUAUAAAGUAUAGGAAACCUGGGGAUGAAGACAGUAAUGAUGCAAAAUAUAUAUAUAUUAUGGAUUAAAGUUCCACAGUGUACUUGUAGUUUAAUGUGACAAUCGUGACAUGAGCUGUGGCCACAAUAGCCUAAGCCUCGCAGUUAUUAAAUAAUUAUAUUGAGGCGAGGGUGUGGAGCCUCACCCACCAUCGGGCGCAGUGUGUCGCUUCUGUACUGUUUAUGCUUAAUCUGUGACGUUAGAUGUAAGGUGAAUGCUUUCUAUUUUACAUAAUUUAACUUUUUUGGCUGGAGAAAGAAGAGAGAUGUAUCUAGAUGUAGAACUUCAUAAUCAAAUUAAUAUAAGCAUGAACAUGGUGAACUUAAUGCAAGUCAUGACAUUGUUUAGACCUUAGACAAUCAACGGUUCUCUAACCUCUUAUCAAAAUCUUUGAUACUUUCAUAGUAGACUGUGUGUAAACGAUGUUCUUUAAAUAAAAUUUUGUUGUAUUUGAAAAAGAUUAAAUUAAAGCCAUGUACAGUACUGUCUAUGUGCAGUAAAAAACAAAAUGUUGCUAUUACUCUUGUGGAGAUUGUACACUCUUGGGUGAAACAUAAUUAUGCUUUCAUGAUUUUGAUGUCUUAAAGAGCAGCAUUACUGUAGAUUAAUGUGUUUUUAUUAGAAGCAACUCUUGAAAUUUCACCAUUCAGUCACAUUUUUAUAUUGUCAAAUAUGACGUGAAUGGCUGCCAAAUCUACAGCUAAGCUCUUAGAGGUAAGAUCACCGAGCUGGGUGUCCCUGCUCGUGCUGACACACCAGCUCUGGUAGAACUCGGGGAUGACAACCUGGGGUGGGAGCCUCACUCUGUGUAUCUCCCUCCUAUCCUGACCUUAUGGGUGCAUGGGUCACACUAUCCUGUCACCCUGGUUUCAAGGAUAUAUAUCUCGGAGUAUCCAUUAUUGUCUUGGCUCCUAUAUGUAUACAUUGCAGCUGCUUGAGAAUGUGAGAAACUAAGGAGACUGAGCCACUAGAACAUAAAUCCCACUCCCAGGCCCCAUGUAACGAUGGUUGUUGUGGUGCUCGUCAUAAAUGGUCUGUUUCUAAAUCUUUGGAGGCUGAACUGUGUUGUUAUAUAUUGGCCAUAGGUUGGUGCUCUGGUUGACGUAUGCUUGACAAGACCCCCAAACCUAUAAUGAAAUAUGCAACAUGAUAUGCUAUUUGCCAUUAGAUAUGAUAUCCAGGCCCCUAGUUUAAGGUCUGACCUAACCUGCAGUUUGCUUGUAUGGCACAUCUGCAUUUCUGCCUAUAAUAUGUAAUGUUUUGAAAAAAUAAAUAAAAAUUAGUGGAGAAAUUUUACUCAUUUAUUGAUUGGAGAUGGUGUUUUGAGAUGUGCUACGCUUGUAUUUGUACAGUUCUGAAUCUUUUAGCGCUGGUGCUAAAAGUUUGCCAUAAACUUUAUUAUUGAUAGCUUGUAUCUUGGUAGGGAUUAUCCUAUGAAGUGUAGCAGAAGCCACGGACGGGUCUUGCUACUAAAAGUGAUGGGGGUGUUUAUUCCUGGGUGAUGAGUAAGGGCCUGGAGGAGGCCCACCGGGGAACUCCCUCACCACCACCUGCACAUAAACAUGUAUUUUAUCAACAGAUAUAUCCCAGAGUGGCUACAAUUUGAUUAAAUAUAUACUGUACACCUUAUUAAGGCUUUCCUGAUUAUGUGUCACUUUCAACUAACUGAAAAAUAGAUUUCAAAUUAU